AUGACCAGAAGUUGGGGACCUUCUGGAAACGGGUUGGAGAGUAUUAAUUAUGCAGCAAGUCCACAUGGUCUACAGGAUGGUGAAAAGAGAGGGGAUCUUACUUGUAAGAAGAGGUGGCACAGAAUAAACGAUCAGGUUACCAAGUUCUGUGGGGCAUACUCAGCAGCAGAGAGACAAAUUGGCAGUGGUGAGAGUGACACUGAUGUUCUCAAGAAGGCUCACGACAUCUUCUACUCUGAUCAGCAAACCAAGUUUACCCUUGAGCAUGUUUGGUGUGUGUUGCGCUUUGAACAAAAAUGGCUUAGCCUUAACACUCCAAAAGCCACUGCCAGUUCAAAGAGGAAGGAUGGUGAGACAAAUUCAAGCACCACUGUCCUUGAUCUAGAGAUCCGGCCUGAAGCUUGCAAGGCUGCUAAACUAAAAAGGUCCAUUGUUCAAGGAAAGUCUGUUGCUGAGUAUACGACCAUAUGA